GUGUCCUACGUCAGUGUACCCUUAUUUGACCCAUAAAUAGCAGUGUCGAAUCAAUUAGCUUCUUCCUUGGUCAAUUCAACCCAACAACAAAUUACUUCUGAGGCGAGUUCACGUCGGAUCACAGGAGGAGGACACUUCGCGCACGAUUGACGACGAUCACCCCCGGGAUUAUGUCUCCGACUUUACCACAUCUUCUGAUUCUUAUAUCAUUAGUUGCUCCAUUUUUUUGUCAGAAUGCUACACACGUGGUUACCCUGCCGGCGGGCAAGGUUCGCGGUAUAUUGGUCCCCGUUCCGGCCUUCAAUUCCUCUGUGUAUCAAUAUAGAAAAAUACCCUACGCCAAACCUCCUGUAGGAGACUUACGAUUCAAGAAACCAAUCGGUCGUAUUCCUUGGGCUGGUGUACUAGACGGUACCGAGUUUGGACCAAUAUGUAUGCAGGACAACCCUAAAAAUGUCAGCAUGUCGGAAGACUGUCUAUUUCUCAACGUGUAUGUCCCGCUUAACACGUCGGCAUCGGAUAAUAAACCGGUAAUGGUGUUUAUACAUGGUGGUGCUUAUAUAUCCGGAAGUGGUCAGAUCUACGAUGGAUCAUACCUUGCUAUUUUUGGUGACGCUAUAGUGGUGACCAUGAACUACCGAUUAGGUUUUAUGGGAUUCAUGAGCACGCAAGACGGUUCGUCGCCAGGAAAUUACGGUCUCUGGGACCAACGAAUGGCCCUCGUAUGGGUAAAAAUAAAUAUUCGCAUGUUUGGCGGUGAUCCCCAACGUUUCACCAUCUUUGGAGAGUCCGCCGGGGGGUUCAGUGUCGCCCUACAGUGUCUGUAUGCUCCAAACAAGGGCGUGUUUAACCAGGCAAUGGCACACAGCGGAGUGGCUAAUUCCGUCUUUGCCACCUCACCGUUUGCUAAACAAGCCGCGAGAGUCAUCGGAGCAGCUAUCGGAUGUACAGCUAAAACUUCUGCUGGACUUGUCGACUGCUUAAGGACAAAACCUGCAGAAGUGAUACAAAAUGCAAUCCAUACUAGCACUACAAAUGACAACAAAACGCAUUAUAUUUUGCUUCUUGCUCCUGUAGUAGACGGUGACUUUUUAAUAGAUACACCCUCAAAUCUACUCGGUAACAAAUCUUCACUAGCAUAUAAAUUCUUCCGGUCGUUAAAUGUGGUUGUCGGCAACGUACAGUCCGAGGGAUCAUUAAUACUAGACGAAAAUCUUAAAGCACUGCAGAGUUUUUAUAACUACAAUCUUACACUUGGAAUUCCCUCUCGAAUUUUGUGCGAUUUGAUCAUCCCCGGAAUAGUUGGUGACUGGCUAGGAAACCACUCUGAUGUCAUUUCCGCUGUGUGCAGCAUGUAUAGCAUUAAUGGCGGGAAUACGACAACAAUGGCGGAACAGGGAAACAAGGCGGUUGAAAUGUAUGGUGACUUUUUCUUUUUUGUCCCCGCCAUAUACACGCUGAAUGUCCAUGCCCAGGGAAACACACAGUCGAAAACAUUUCAGUUCUUGUUGACCAGAAAUGCCGGAUGGGGAGCCGGCGAGCCCUAUCCUUCUUGGCUGGAAGGUCCAGGGCAUUUUUCAGAAAUCCCAUACUUAUUUGGAGCCCAAAUUAGACCCGGUGUACAACAACAAGAUUUGAAAUUAUCACUGGAUAUGCUUACUUAUUGGACUAACUUCGCCAGCAGCGGGGACCCAAAUGUCGGGUGGCCGACGGAUGUCAAUUGGCCGGCCUACACUCCUUCAGCUGGUGCCUACAUCGACCUGGACACGCCAUGCACGCGUAAAACCAAAAUGUUUGAAAAGCGUGUUAACUUUUGGAGGAAAACCGUUCCAACCAUGAUUAUAAUUGACAACGCUUUGUCGCGUGCAGGAAGUGUGUCCACGAGUCUGUCAGUGUAUACUGUCACCUUUGUCCUCAUCAGUGUAAUAAUGAAAUCGUUUCAGCAACAAGUGAUCAUAUAGGGACAACCUUUGUGUCAGAUACCCCACCUUCUGCCAAAUAACCACACCGGCUGUAAAGAUGAUAAACUGCAGUCAAGAGGGCUUGUGUAGGACUUAAGCUGUAUAGAGCGCUGUUAAAGGGGAGAGCUUUAAAAGUUUCAUGUACAGGGCAUUGUGAAGGGGGAGCUCAGGUACGUUUUUGUCAAUAUGGGGCACUGUUGAGGGACAAAUAUGAUUUAUACAUAAUUUUGUAAGAUUAAGUAUGUAAAAGGGCAUUGCAGAUUAAGCGGGUUUAAAGGCUUUAAAUCUCUCUUAAAUUGUACUAAUUGGAAAGGUUCAUAGACAGGGCUUUUAUUGGUAUUUACCUGUAUAGAGCACAGCUGAUAGGCAGGGCUUGUAUUGGUAUUAGCUUGUAUAGGACACUGCUGUUAGACAGGGCUUGUAUUUGUAUUUGCCUGUAUAGGGCAAUGCUGAUAGACAGUAUUGACAUAAGCCUGUAUAGAAUAAUGUUGAUAGAAAGGGCUUGUAUUGGUAUUAGCCUGAAUAGAACAAUGCUGAUAGACAGGGCUUGUAUUGACAUUAGCCUGAAUAGAACAAUGCUGAUAGUCAGGGCUUGUAUUGGUAAAAGCUUGUAUAGGGCACUGCUGAUAGAAAGGGCUUGUGUUGAUAUUAUUCUGUAUAAGGCACUGCUGAUAGACAGGGCUUGUAUUGGUAUUAGUCUGUAUACGGCACUGCUGAUAGACAGGGCUUGUACUGAUAUUAGUCUGUAUAAGGGACUGCUGAUAGACAGGGUUUGUAUUGAUAUUAGUCUGUAUACGGCACUGCUGAUAGACAGGGCUUGUAUUGAUAUUAGUCUGUAUAAGGCACUGCUGAUAGACAGGGCUUGUAUUGGUAAAAGCUUGUAUAAGGCACUGCUGAUAUUCAGGGCUUGUAUUUGUAUUAGCUUGUAUAAGGCACUGCUGAUAGACAGGGCUUGUAUUGGUAUUAGUCUAUAUUAGGCGCUGCUGAUAGACAAGGCUUGUAUUGAUAUUAGUCUGUAUAAGGCACUGCUGAUAGACAGGGCUUGUAUUGGUAUUAGUCUGUAUAAGGCACUGCUGAUAGAAAGGGCUUGUAUUGGUAUUAGCUUGUAUAAGGCACUGCUGAUAGACAGGGCUUGUAUUGGUAUUAGUCUGUAUACGGCACUGAUGAUAGACAGGGCUUGUAUUGAUAUUAGUCUGUAUAAGGCACUGCUGAUAGACAGGGCUUGUAUUGGUAUUAGCUUGCAUAAAGCACUGCUGAUAGACAGGGUUUGUACUGAUAUAAGUAUGCAUACGGCACUGCUGAUACACAGGGCUUGUAUUGAUAUUAGUAUGUAUACGGCACUGCUGAUAGACAGGGCUUGUAUUGGUAUUAGUCUGUAUACGGCACUGAUGAUAGACAGGGCUUGUAUUGGUAUUAGUCUGUAUACGGCACUGAUGAUAGACAGGGCUUGUAUUGGUAUUAGUCUGUAUACGGCACUGAUGAUAGACAGGGCUUGUAUUGGUAUUAGUCUGUAUAAGGCGCUGCUGAUAGACAGGGCUUGUAUUGAUAUUAGUUUGCAUACGGCACUGCUGAUAGACAGGGAUUGUAUUGGUAUUAGUCUGUAUAAGGCGCUGCUGAUAGACAGGGCUUGUACUUAUAUUAGUCUGUAUAAGGCACUGCUGAUAGACAGGGCUUGUAUUGAUAUUAGUCUGUAUAAGACACUGCUGAUAGACAGGGCUUGUACUGAUAUUAGUUUGCAUACGGCACUGCUGAUAGACAGGGCUUGUAUUGGUAUUAGUCUGUAUACGGCACUGAUGAUAGACAGGGCUUGUAUUGUUAUUAGUCUGUAUAAGGCACCGAUGAUAGACAGGGCUUGUAUUGGUAUUAGUGUGUAUACGGCACUGAUGAUAGACAGGGCUUGUAUUGGUAUUAGUCUGUAAAUGGCACUGAUGAUAGACAGGGCUUGUAUUGAUAUUAGUAUGUAUACGGCACUGAUGAUAGACAGGGCUUGUAUUGGUAUUAGUGUUUAUACGGCACUGAUUAUAGACAGGGCUUGUAUUGGUAUUAGUCUGUAUAAGGCACUGCUGAUAGACAGGGCUUGUAUUGGUAUUAGUUUGUAUAAGGCACUGCUGAUUGACAGGGCUUGUACUGAUAUUAGUCUGUAUAAGGCACUGCUGAUAGACAGGGUUUGUACUGAUAUUAGUCUGUAUAAGGCACUGCUGAUAGACAGGGGUUGUACUGAUAUUAGUCUGUAUAAGGCACUGCUGAUCGACAGGGUUUGUACUGAUAUUAGUCUGUAUAAGGCACUGCUGAUAGAUAGGGCUUGUAUUGGUAUUAGUCUGUAUACGGCACUGCUGAUAGACAGUGCUUGUACUGAUAUCAGUCUGUAUAAGGCACUGCUGAUAGACAGGGUUUGUACUGAUAUUAGUCUGUAUAAGGCACUGCUGAUAGACAGGGCUUGUAUUGAUAUUAGUCUGUAUACGGCCCCGCCGAUAGACAGGCCUUGUACUGAUAUUAGUCUGUAUAAGGCACUGCCGAUAGACAGGGCUUGUAUUGGUAUUAGUCUGUAUACGGCACUGCUGAUAGACAGUGCUUGUACUGGUAUCAGUCUGUAUAAGGCACUGCUGAUAGACAGGGAUUGCACUGAUAUUAGUCUGUAUAAGGCACUGCUGAUAGACAGGGUUUGUAUUGGUAUAAGUCUGUAUACGGCACUGCUGAUAGACAGGGUUUGUACUGAUAUUAGUCUGUAUAAGGCACUGCUGAUAGACAGGGCUUGUGCUGUAUAAGACACUGCUGCUAAAGAAGGCCUUUAUAGGAUAAACCUUUGUAGCUUAUUGUUGAUGAAGAAGACUUAGACUCGGCUUGAAAAUGGUGUCUGAUUUCAUUUGGUGUCUUAUUAAUAGAACAUUUUGUUUGCUAAGGGAGAUCACUACGCUUAAAGAUACAAACAAAUAUUUCGAGGAAAUUAAGACAUUCAAAAUAACAAUUACCGAUAAAAACUACAAAAAGAU